AUGGCGCCGGGCGGUCGUUUGAUCGGUCGUCGGAACUCCGGCGGGGGAGCGGCUGCGAGUGAACGGCGGCGGGCUCCAACUCAAGGAAGCGGCGGAGUCGGGGCUGGGUCGCGAGUCACGGAGCUAGGUCGCGGGUCGCUGGGCGGCGGCGUCGGCUGCGGUGCGGGGUUCGUGGGUCGCUGGGCAGCAGCGUCGGCUGCAGUGCGGAGCUCGGCUGUGGGAUCUCGAGCAACGGGCGGACACGCCGGCGACGGUGCUGGGCUACAGGUCGCGGUGGGCUUCGGUGGUGAUGGUAGAGGCGUGGUGGUGCGACGCGGAGGUGCGGUGGCCGGCGCGAGGGAAUGCUGGUGCGACGUUGGCGGCAAGGCGCGGCGACAGUGCUCGUGGUGGCACAGCAGCGAGCGGGCUUCGGGUUGA